AUGCCUUCCGAAAUAGCGAAAUCGAAUUUGAAAGUCCUGAUAGUAGGAGGAGGAAUUGUGGGAUUGACACUUGCUCAAGGGUGCAGGGAGAAUGGGAUUGACUUUGAGGUUGUGGAGAAGGAUGAGCAUGGGAAGAGAGCUCAAGGGUGGGCGAUUACUUUGCAUUGGUGCUUGAGAAGCUUGGAAAGGACGAUCGGGGAGAAAUUAUCCGAGUUGAUACCUACGGCAGCCGUUGAUCCAACCCUCAACGACGACGAUGGGAAUUUUCUAUUCCUCAACGCCCGUACAGCCUCACCCCGCUACAAAAUCCCACCAAGCAAGCUCCGUCGACGUUUGGAUCGACAAAAAAUCCGCAAUGUACUCGCUACCGAUCUCGAUAUCCAUGAAGGGAAAGGUCUUACAUCAAUUGCCCCAGCCUCAGAUUCUGAUCUCGUGACUGCACAAUUUUCAGACGGGACAACAAGCAAUGCCACCUUAAUUGUAGGUGCUGAUGGAAAUAAUAGUGUGACGCGAAAAUGCUUGUUCAAUGGAUCAGAUGCAGCCAACUUGACGAAAUUGCCUGUUUAUUGUAUUGGAGUCGUGAGGCCAUUUACGGAAGAACAAAUUUCAUCUGUAAGAGCUAUCGAUCCAUUGUUAUUCCAAGGGCUAGACCCGGAAACUGGAAGUUAUAUGUGGUUUAGUUUGCAAGAGAUAGUUCCCAAGGACGAUGGAAGUAAGAGCUACAAAGGGUUGAUAGUUUUUUCUUGGUUAAUCAGAGAUGAGGUUGCGGAUGCGAUGCCGAAGACUGAUGCUGAGAGAGUGGCGUAUAUGAAGAAGAGAACGGAAGGGUUUGCAGAACCAUUGAGGGGUAUUGUCACGGGUAUUCCGGAGGAUAUUACGACGACUCCGUUGAGAUUGAGUGACUUUCCGACGAAAGAAUGGGAUAAUUGGGGUGGAAAGGUGACAUUGGUGGGCGAUGCGGCGCAUGCUAUGACGAUGUAUCGAGGCGAAGGGGCCAACCACGGGAUUUUGGAUGCAGCUCUCUUAGUCGAUCAAUUGAAAAAGGUCAAAGCUGGUGAAAUUACACAAAAAGAAGCAAUUGAUGCAUACGAAGCGGAGAUGAGACCAAGAACCCAUGAGGCAGUCUUGAAGAGUAGACAAGCUGCACUGGAUGCUCAUGAUUGGGAUGUGUUGACUGAGAAUUCUCCUGUGAUUGGGGGCAGAUUUGCUCCUAAAACUGCUUUUGUUUGA